ACUCGCCGUCUGCGAUUCCUUCUGCAAAAAUCGAUGGAGUGGUCAGCUCUUGCCUGCUCCGUCACGGUCCUGAUCCUUGCAUUCCUGCCCUUGCGUGCGUCCGACGACCGGCUUGUCCCCGGCAAGCCGCUCUUCCCCGGAGCCACCAUCGUCUCCGACGGCGGUGACUUCGCCUUGGGCUUCUUUGCCCCAUCCAGCUCAGCUCCGGCCAACCUGCACCUGGGCAUCUGGUACAACGGCGUCCCUGAGCUCACCGUGGUGUGGGUCGCCAACCGGGAAAUCCCAGUCACCAACAGCACUGCACCCAGGCUCUCCCUCACCAACACCUCCGACCUUGUGCUCUCCGACGGUAAUGGCAGCGACACUGUCGUUUGGAGGACUAGCGUGGCUGCUGCUCCGAACUCCACUUUAUCAGAGGCAGUGCUUCUCAACACCGGCAACCUCGUCGUCCGGUCGCCAGAUGGCACCACGCUGUGGCAGAGCUUCGACUACCCGACCGACACGAUGCUGCCGGGCAUGAAGAUGGUGAUCAAGCACGGCACGCGUGCCGGUGAGCGCCUGGUGUCCUGGAAGGGCCCCGGCGACCCAUUGCCGGGGAACUUCUCCUACGGCAGCGACCUGGCCACGUUCCCACAGAUAUUCCUCUGGGAAGGCACGCGCCCGGUGUACCGUAGCACGCCGUGGACGGGGUACAGGGUGAAGAGCGAGUACCAGUUCCAGACGACCAACACCAGCUCCAUCAUCAUCUACCUUGCCGUCGUCAACGACGACGACGAGAGCUACACAGUCUACACCGUCUCCGACGGCGCCUGGCUCACCAGGUUCGUGCUGACCUACUCCGGCAAGCUCCAAAUCCGGAGCUGGAACGCCAGCUCGUCAGCCUGGGCCGUCCUCGGGCAGUGGCCGCCUUACCGGUGCGACCUCUACGGCUAUUGUGGCCCCAACGGGUACUGUGACGACACGGCGCUGCCCGUGCCGACAUGCAGGUGCCUCAACGGUUUUGAGCCGGCAAGAACGGAGGACUGGACCAGCGGGACGUUCUCCGACGGGUGCCGUCGGGAGGAGGCGGUGAGUGGGUGCGGUGCCGGUUUCUUGGCGUUGCCGGGGAUGAAACCGCCGGAUGGUUUUGCGCUUGUAGCGAACAGGACGCCGGAGGGGUGCGCGGCGGAGUGCGGCCGCAACUGCUCCUGCGUCGCGUACGCUUACUCCAACUUGACCGGCGGCGCAUCUACCGGAGACAUGACGAGGUGCUUAGUUUGGGCCGGGGAGUUGGUCGACACCGGGAAGCCGGGCGCAAGCCCCGCCAGCGACACGCUCUAUCUCCGGCUUGCAGGACUGGACGCUCCAGCUGGAAGAAGAAUAAAGAGCAAUGCAACGAGGAUUAUACUGACGGCCCUAGGAAGCAGUGUGGUGAUAAUCACGUGCACUUUCCUUGCAUGGUUGAAAUUCAAAGGCAAGAACAUGAAGUGGGGAAAACAAAAGAAGCCGAAGUCGGAUGGUUCUGGUGACCUUGAGGUUCCCUUUGUAAGAUUUCAUGAAAUUUCACACGCAACACAAAAUUUCUCCGAAACUUGUAUGAUUGGACAAGGAGGCUUUGGCAAAGUUUAUAAGGGAACACUAGGCGGUCAACAAAUUGCUGUAAAAAGGCUAAGUUGGGAUUCUCAACAAGGGACAAUCGAGUUCACAAAUGAAGUAGCACUUAUUGCCAAAUUGCAGCACCGUAAUUUGGUUCGACUACUUGGAUGUUGUGUGGAAGGAGAUGAAAAGUUGUUGAUUUAUGAGUACAUGCCUAAUAAAAGCUUAGAUGACACACUUUUCGAUGAUUCUAGAAAACGGUUGCUAGACUGGACGACAAGGAUUAAUAUAGUCAAAGGCAUUGCAAGGGGGCUUCUUUAUCUCCACCAAGAUUCAAGAUUGACUAUAAUUCAUAGAGACCUCAAAGCUGGAAAUGUUUUGCUAGAUGCAGAGAUGAAACCCAAGAUAGCGGAUUUUGGUAUGGCGAGGCUCUUUGGCGAUAACCAAGAAAAUGCGAACACUCAACGUGUUGUCGGAACAUAUGGUUAUAUGGCUCCUGAGUACGCAAUGGAAGGUGUCUUCUCGACCAAGUCGGACAUCUAUAGCUUUGGUGUGUUACUGCUAGAGAUUGUAACUGGUAUAAAGAGAAGCUCUAGCAUCCACACCAUGGGCUUUUCUAGUCUCAUAGACUAUUCGUGGAAUAUGUGGAAGGAAGGGAAGACAAAGGAUUUGGUUGAUACAUCUAUCAUGGAUACUUGUUCACUAGAUGAAGUUUUCCUUUGCAUCCACGUAGCACUAUUGUGUGUUCAGGAAAACCCAGAUGAUAGGCCAUUGAUGUCAUCAGUUAUGACCGCCCUAGAGAAUGGAAGUACCAUGCUUCCAACUCCCAAUUGCCCUGCCUAUCUUGUGCGGAGGAACACCGAGUUAAACCAAUUCAGAAAUAAUAUUCAGAACUCUGUGAACUCUUUAUCUGUUACUGAAAUAGAUGGUCGGUGAAACAAUUACUUUUUAUAUGUAUCAAUUGUAUA